UUUUUGUAUUAGGUUGGCCCUUUCAGGUUUUAGCCUUGCUGUUUUGCCGUUCGCUCGUACUUAUUCGAUGGUCAGCUUUUGGUGUGGAUUAUUUGGAUUGGCAUCUGGCACUUAUGUUGGAAUUACCGCCGUUAUUAUGGCAGACAUGUUGGGAACUGAACGCUUAACUUCGACUUAUGGAAUCAGUCUUUUUGUUAAUGGUAUAUUGCAAUUAAUAGGACCACCAAUUUGUGGAUUAUGGUACGAAAGCAUACCAGCGUUAUUUUCUAUACUCGGUCUAGUUUUACUUGCAGGAGCAAGUUUGUGGGGUUUUAUGCCAUUCAUCCAAAGAAAUCGCAACCGUAAAACCGCAGGCAUACUUACUUAAAAAUUACUAUUUCAUUACUCUACAAUUCCUGAUCCAUUCCUUUGAUUCUUUUUCCAUUAUCAUCACUCACAUUAAUUCUAUAAUAUGUGCAAGGUAAUUUUCAAAUGACGAUGCCGAUGCGAUGAUGAUGAUGAUGAUGA